AGCACUCUUGAUAUGACAUUGCAAAAAUUUAUGCUACGUAAUGUGGAACAACUGUGAGAAUAAAUGUUUACUUGUAUUGCGAAAUCUUUUGUACGCUAAUGAAUUCACCGAAAAAUUAUAAUAGCGUUAUGAUAAUUCAUUUUUUCUUUGUUGACACGGAAGUGAAUUAAUUACUCAUAUAUUUACAUUAAAUAAGCCAAAGUCUAUUUGACACGAAGGUCGCGUACUUUCACUGCUUCGAACUAUUUCAGAAGAUAUAUCGAUUAAUCGAUUCACCUUGACUAAUCGAGAGUUAUGUGUUUUUCCUGUUUUACAACCUGUAUUUUCAAACGGCGGAUUCCAGGGAUUUUUAUUCCACAUAAACUAUAAUCAUUACCAUUAAUUAAAAUUCCUCGAACGAGGCCAUCCAGCGUACUGAAUUUUGCAGUAAUAAAAUAUUCAAAGUGUGUGGUAGAUACGCUUCAGCGGUUGACGUUAACUUCACAUCGAUCGUUCGUUCGAUCAUAAACUGUCACCAACCGCGAAGUUCACGAUCGAUCCCUCCCUGCACCUCGUAUACUUUAAAUACAACACCCGGAAUCGCUUUCGGAAAAUUCGAUAUAAAAAUUUCCAAUGUGAAUGAUGACAAACUCGUUCUAAAUGUCGUCACAUACACGAUGAGCCAAUCGAACAAUUUCGCCCAUCCACGAAAAAAACCUGCAAAGUGCUCUCCGACUACUACUUCGCAUCACAAGCUAAAACGAAUUCCAUCGACCGCAACUUACAUAGUCGACAACGAUGAAUGUAUAGAUCGACUGCAGAGUGCGUCGUUGGAAAACGCAAGUAUCCUGGCGUCUAGGGAUCGUCAGAGAGACAUUAAUCAUAUCAACAGAAGAAUCGAUAGAACGACCUCCAACACAGCAUUCAGUGGCAGAAAAUUUUGGAAUUGUCACGCUAGACCAACGAACGUCUACGUACCGGAAAACUCCGUAAUUCAAGAAGAGAGCGAAUUCAUCGAUACAUUAACGAAGCAGUUAUACAAGGUCGAAAAUCAGGUGCAGAAGGUACAGUCUAAUUUAAAGAGAAGCGAAGAGCAAAUAAAGUUAAAGGACCAGGAAAUUUCUCGAUUGAAACGGAAGGUCAAGGAGUGGGAGACAAAGAGCAAGAAUCAAGAAACACUACGAAAGAAGGAGCAGCAGCAGCGGCGCAUGCAAGCCGAUCAUUCGGAAUAUCUCUACAAAAGAUGUUUAAUGCUCGAACAAAGAAUUUACGAGAUGGAGAAGUUCUUGGCCGAUUACGGUCUGGUCUGGGUCGGCAAUACGAACGGUUCAAAGCAUCCUGAAACGAUAGCCAACAACACCAUCGAGACUUGUUACGAGCAGAUUAUCGCGAAUAUUGACCAGCUGAACCUGGCCGCUGGGAAGGGUGAAGUUCACGUGCAGCAUAACGAAAGAGGAAACGGGGCCACCUUCAAAACCGCAUCUUGCAUGUCAUUAAAAUUCUACAAAAAUGGAAUGAUAGUUCAAGACGGUCCAUUACGAUCCUACAACGAUCCAACCGCGAUAUCGUUUCUACGAGAUAUCUUGGACGGCUAUUUCCCUUCUGAGUUGCAAGAAACUUAUCCAGAGGGUGUACCAUUCAAGGUAGAGGAUCAGAGAAAUCAAGUAUUCUUGAACUCCGAUUUUCCUGGCCAAGGUUAUCGACUGGGAAAAGAAUUGGCUGAUAAUACACCGAUGUCGUCUAGACCUUCCACUCGUAGAUUUACUAAUAAUCAGAAAUCGGCUCGUCGUGGUACCUUCACGAGAGAAAAGGAUAGUCUAUAUAAUUUUGAUCUUUUUAAAGAACUGACGCCUGCCACAGCUAGAUCCAUGAAACCAAAAACUCCCUCAGAAGCUCCUCCUUUAGAAAUGUAUGUUCUUCGUUCCCAAAUUUUGGCAUCUCACAACAAUAUUUGCUCCGAUACUCAUUUACAGUCGCAUAUUAACGCGGAGCUCGGUUUGGGCGAAAAGAAAUCGACUCGAAGAGAAAAACGUGACACGUCUAAAAAUGGAGACUUUGAUACCUCGGCUCGGGAGAUCCCUUUAAAAUCCAAAGGUAUUAUGAGAUUUCCAAGCUCUGGUAGAUGUUAUCACAGUUCCACCGAUAGAGCGUCCAAAUUAUCGCCAAAUCGAUUGGAUAACGCGGAUGAGAUUCUCAGGCAACGAUCAAGAUCCGCUAGCCUACCAAACUCCCGAUUUUCCAUUACGUCAAGGUCAGCACCGAAGGUGAACGCCGAUACUUCACAAUUUUCUCUUUCUCAAGUGCAUCAGCAAAGUACGGUUAGAAAAAAUCAACGUGCUCCAAGGUCUGCUGCACCAGUUAGGAAGAAUGCAGGAAGGAAUGCACCUCCUAUUCUACAUCAGAUCAAUGAACCGUCUGGAAAACCAGGCGAAUUCCGAUUGAAAGUCAGGUCUUUGAACGGCGGUACUGUUUAUCUAGUACACGUGUCUGCCGACGAACCGAUAGCUCGACUUUAUCAAUUGUUAGAUAGAACAAUGGCAAGAACUGUCCCUCGAGGAUAUAAAAUUGUUCUCAGCGGUUAUUCACCGAGAAGAUUGGAACAUCUAGGGACAACUUUAAGAGAAAUCGGCAUCACUAGAGACAGCGUUUUGCAUUUAGUGAACGAUUGAAUUUGCAACUUUUAUAUUUGUAUCGUUUAAAAGGAAAAAAUAUUGUAAAAAAUAUUAAGUUUGUAGACAAUAUAUUAUAAUAUAGGAAAAUCGAUUUUUAUCGUUGCAUGAUAAGUAAAAUUGCGAGAUCUUAGUUUACAAUGGUUGAUAAAAGAAUCUCACGGGAUUUUACCAUUGCUGGAUAUUGAUAUAAUGUAAUAUAAUUCCUAUAUUCGCCGUAGUAAAUCGUAGAGGGCGUAAGAAAUACUCUCAUUCUUCUCAAGAUCGGUAUUUCAGAACGUGAAACAUAAAGUUCCAUACAAUGUUAUGUCCUGUAUUUAGUCAAUGCUAUAUUGUUUGCUUUAUCAAUAUUUAUCACCUGAAAGCGGUGUCAUAAAUAUACGACUAUAAAUACAAGGUGAUGCACUAGCGUAUAGCAAUUAA